AAGAAGCUGCAGAAGUUGUAACUCUAGUCAGCUCCACCUUGGGCACAAGCCUACAAAGUACCCAGGACAUAUUCUGGGAACAGUGUCUCAAAAAGGCAGCGUCCAUUAUUAAGGACCUCCAGCACCCAGGGCAUGCCCUUUUCUCACUGUUACUAUCAGGUAGGAGGUACAGGAGCCUGAAGGCACACACACAGCAAUUUAGGAACAGCUUCUUUCCUUCCGCCAUCUGAUUCCUAAAUGGGCACUACCUUGGACACUACCUCACUUUUUUAAAAUAUACAGUAUUUCUGUUUUUUAAAAAAGUCUAUUCAAUAUACAUUUACUGUAAUUGAUUUACUUAUUUAUUGUUAUUAUUUUUUUCUUUUAUAUUAUGUAUUGCAACGAACCAAUACAAUACAUAAUCUGGGUGUAUCCAUAUUUUCUGCCAGGCUAGCACUUACUGAGGUCAAGCAAAGUCAGAUUGAGAACCCUGAUGAACCACGUGAGACCUUGAAUCUGAUUUCGACUAUCCUUCUCCCAUGGGGAGAAGCAGAGCGUUCUGGCAGAGCUGCCCUCACUUAAGGUCACCUGUGGAAAUGCAGAAAUCUGGUGCAAGCUUGAGGAAAUGGUUGAAGUUCACUAGAUCCACCCCCAAAGAUAGACGUGUUGUCAAAAGCGAAGGAUAUGUGGGACAGUAUGGCCCAGGGAGUGCAGGAUAGUACAUGGGCAACUACCGGGAAUGCCAAUAAUGAAGAGAGAUAUCACUUAAUAAAGCAGAAGUGAGCCAGCGACUGGGGGGAGAUGAGUGUAACUGGGGGAUGAUUAUGUUAGCGGUUCAGAGAGCUGAAGAGCCAGCAUGCAAUAUGCAGAACAUUAAUAUCAAGCCUAUGAGGAAUAUCAAGGGUUGGAUAAUCCAGGGAGGGAUGAGCCAAUCUUCCUGAAAAUGCUGAAGAAAGGCCCGAGCUCAGUCCACUAGGAAGUUUUAGGGGAUAGUGGCAGGAUUGACCUACUCAGUGAAAAUAUCAUGGGCCAGGGAGAUAGACUAGAGGAGGGGGAGGGGAAGGCAUAAAGUGGCUGUAGUGAAUGUAGUUGGUGUGACAUCACAGAGAACUUGCUUUGUGUGCCAGCAGCUGGGGUACGUAGCAAGGAACUGCUGGAAUAGAUGUGUGAGUGCAAAGGAGACGGUUGUUACAGCUGCAGCUUCUCAGGCCAUGGUUGGAGGCAGUGUCCUGAAAAAAGAGCAAAGUGUGAGAAUCACUCACCAAAGCAGGCAGAACCCAGAGCAGCCCCUGCUCUUUCUGAUUUGGCUGCUGACCAAAUUACAGAGCUGGUGAGGUCAGAUGAACAGCUGACGGCAGCCUCUGUUGACAUCGGUGGUCAUCAUUAUUAGGGGACCAGCAAUGUGACAUGUUAGCAGACAAGGGGUCAUCAGUAUCGAUAACUGAUCUACCCUUGCCCGCGAAUGGAAAAGCUAUGUACAUUACCAGUACAGGAAAUGAAACAAUGAGGGCAGAGAAAAGUUAGCUCCAGGUUCUUUAGAUUGAGGGAGUGCAGCUUCCUGUAGGUUUCUGGGUGUGUCCAAACAAUGAAGGUACUAUCCUGGGGAUAGACACGCUGAAUAAGGCAGGAUCAGGAAAAGGAGAAGUAACAUGGGCAAGACGGGAACAGUGAACAUGUGUAACCAGCAAAGCAGCUAACAAGGUCCCCAGAGGGACAGCAGCCCCAAGCAGGGAGGAGAGACAGGGCGAUGUGUGGGAAUCAUGUCAGGAGGACCCAAGGGGAGGGGCCGAGCACAGUUAGAGGAGGUGGCUGCACAAAGAGGUAGCAGUGAUUAAAGUAAAGACCAUUAGAAAGGAUAGUUAGGAGCAGAAAGGGAACAAGUGGGCAGACAUCAGUGUGAGGAGGGAAGCGGAAGAACAAGUAGCAACAGAAAUUGCAAGUGUACAGGAAGAAACUACAACUGCCAAUUUAAUAAGAUUACAUGGAGAUGUGAAGGACCACUGUAACCAGGGUAAAGUGCUGAAGAACCAAACAAAAUAACAGCAGCACAUUGCUGAUCAGAGAGAGCUGGUCCUUUCACAGCCGGAUGACCAAGUCAUGGUGAGGAUGCUGCUGUUACAAUGAGCGACUGAAGCGAACCCAAGUGCAGCACACAGGCACAAAGAUUGAGUUUGGAUGCUUACUCGGAGGGAUCUUGGCACGGAGCCUUGGCUCAGAGAGACAGAGUCUCAUAGGUAAACCUUGAAACUGGAACUAAACUUAGAACAAAUAGUUCUAAGCGGUUGAGAAAUGUAGUAAUCACACAAGAAUUAGACCAACAAACUGGCAACUAGUGGUUGUGAUGUCAGGGUUCUUAUACUGAGUUCUUGAUGGAAACCAGGUGUGUCAUCAUCAAAGAGAAUAGGAAGCAUUUGGGAAAUUAACGAUCGAGACCAUGGCAUAAACAAAGAAAAGUAGGAGCAAGAUAGGGAAUAAACGACUGGAACCAUAACAGUACCUCCCCUCAAUGGGAGUCUCAGGUGAUCCACCAGGCUUGUCUGGAUUGUCCUGAUGGAAAUCCUGGAUGAGGGAAGGGUCCAAGAUGAAGCAGCAUGGAAUCCAGGAAAGUUUUUCUGGGCUGUAUCCCUCCCAAUUGACCAGGUAUUGGAGGCCUCUGCACGGUAAUCGCCAGACAGUGUACACUGGGUGGUCGUCAACGAUCUGUGCAGGUGGAGGGGGUUCGGCAGGAGGGCAUAAAGGACUGACAGAUACUGGCUUCAAUUGGGAAUGUAGGAUGGAUGUGCCUGGAUUUGGAUAGUUUGAGUUGGACCGCUGAGGGGUUGAUAAUAUUCUCAAUCUCGAAUGGUCCCAGGAAACGGGCGACGAGUUUCUUGGGCUCGUUCUUGAGGGGAUGUCUUUAGAAGAGAGCCAAACCUUCUGCCCAGGCCGAUAAUCAAGUGCAGGAAUCCGAUGGUGAUCAGCUGAAUGGUGCAGGGCCGUGGGUGUGUCUUUCUGGAUCUUGCGGUACCAGCAAAGAUGGGCCUGAACAGAAGGCACAGCAAUGUCAUCUGCAUAAGUGGAGAAAAGAGGGGUUGGUAACUGAGGGAGCAUUCAAAGGGGGACAUUCUGAUGGCAGUGCUGACCAGGGAGUCUACCCAACCGAAAUGGGUGCUCCAGGCAGACGGGUUGUUGGCUGUUCUGCAGUGCAGUGCUGCUUCCAAAUCCUGGUUCACUUGUUCUGUUUGCCUAUUCGUCUGUGGAUGAAAGCCAGACGACGGAUUUACUGAGGGCUUGACAAAAGGAUCUCCAAACUUGAGAGACAAAUUGGGGGUGCCGGUCAGAAAUGAUGUCUGAGGGAAUCCCAUGAAGGCAGAAGACAUGAUGAUGAGAUGGUCAGCUGUUUCACAAGCUGUAGGGAGUUUAGGAAGGGCUAUGAAGUGCACAGCUUUGGAGAAGCAGUCCACCACGGUGUGUACAGCAGUGUUCCCAUGUGAAGGGGGUAGUCCCUUAAUGAAGUCCAGCACAAAGUGAGACCAAGGACAGCUAGGAACAGGUAGGGGAUGAAGCAAUCCAGCAGGUGGUUGGUGGGAGGCUUUUCCACGGGCACAAACAGAACAGGCAGAGACAAAGGAACAGGUGUCAGCGUCCACAGAGGAUCACCAGAAAUUUCUCUUCAGGAGAGACAGAGUCUGAUUGAUCCCAGGAUGGCAGGCGAAACAAGACAUGUCACUGGAGAACCUGAGAUUGAACGGAAUCCGGCACAAAGAGGUGAUUGGAGGGUCUGUUGCCUGGGUCUGGUUGGGUCUGAUACCUGGGUCUGGUUGAGUCUGUUGGGCCUCUUUGACAAUGGUUUUGAUAUCCCAGGUGAGGGCAGCCACUACACAGGAUGGUGGAAGGAUGGUCUCGGGGUUGGGAAGGCCCUCCUCAGAAAUGUAUUGACGGGAGAGGGCUUCAGGCUUCCCGUUCUUGGACUCCAGACGAUAGGUGAGUGUAAAUCUGAACCGACCAAAAAAUAAUGCUCAAUGGGCUUGUUGAGAAUUCAGACGUUUGGCAGUUUGGAUAUAUGCAAGGUUCUUGUGAUCGGUCCAGAUGAUAAAUGGAUGUUCUGCUCCCUCCAGCCAGUGCCUCCACUCCUCAGGGCACAGGGAUGCAGUUUUUGGUCAGGGCCUGAAUGUUGGGAGAGGACCACUCCCACCCCAGAGUUGGAGGCAUCUACCUCCACUAUGAAUUGACAAGAGGGGUCUGGUUGGACCAGGAUGGGAGCGGAGGUGAAACACCUCUUCAUCUCCGAGAAGGUUGCGUCCACUUCGUGGUCCCAGUGAAAAGGGGUCUUACAAGAGGUGAGUCGAGUAAGGGGCACUGCCACCCAGCUGUAAUCCCUGAUGAAAUGACGAUAAAAGUUUGCAAACCCCAGAAGUCGCUGGAGUUGCUCGAGUGUCGUGGGUGUUGCCACUCCGCCACCACCCAGAUUUUUUCAGAUCUGCCCUCACUUGCCCGCUCUAUAUGAUGUAUCCUAAAAAACUGACUGAAGGAACAUGAAAUACGCACUUCUCGGCUUUUACAAACAAUCUGUUCUCCCAAAGCCUCUGCAGAACUUGACGGACAUUGUGGGUGUGUUCCUGAAGAUUGCUGGAGAAGAUUAAAAUGUCAUCCAAAUAAACAAAUACAAAGCGGUUAAUAAAAUCUCUAAGGACAUCAUUCAUCAGGUGGGGGCAUUGGUGAGGCUGAAUGGCAUGACCAGGUAUUCAAAGUGACCAAGAGGGGUGUUGAACACUGUUUUCCACUCAUCUCCCUCCCUUAUGCUGACCAGAUAAUAGGUACUCGUAGGUCCAACUUGGAGAUGAUGGUGGCUCCGUGAAGUGGUUCAAAAUCAGAGUUGAGAAGGGGCAGUGGAUAUUUGUUCUUUAUGAUGUUACAUACUCACAGUUUGAACAUAGGACAAUGGUAUGAUGUAAUUGUCUCAUGACCGUGGGGUGAUGUUAUGUCAAGUGAUGGCAUGUUCUGAACGGUAUUUAAACAAAGCCCACUAUCUGUGACAAAGUUCUCAUUUUUAUUUUUGUGCAACGUUGUUGUUGCCGGUAGGAAGUGUGGAGGCUCCACCGGUUUUGUUUGUUGCACGUUUAUUUUUCCCUCACAGUCCAGUAUCAGAGAGUGAAGGCAUUACUGGAGUUAUCCAAGUUCAAACGAUUGGAUAAAGUUACUGUUGUUCAGCGUUUUGGGGAAUGAUAGACCUUUGUGACUUAGUUCAGGAAUUGUGGUAUGCACAUUUGAGUUAAAUCCCUGCAAGAUCAAGAAGGUUUGUACAGUGACCACCCUCCAGUCAAAAGGUCAGUUCCUUUUACUUCCUCCUGAAUUCUUCGAACAAGGCAUCUCUCGGCUGUAGGAUCAGCAGAUUUGACGUUACUUCAAAGGAAUCGUUGUUUGGGGGAAGGCUCUCCUUAAUGACUGUAUAAAUCACAUGGACUUUUGAAUUUAUCACUUUAAAUCUGUGCUUGGAUGAGAACUCGUUAAGGACAGUUUCUAAGUUUGACUGCUUGUUAGAUAUUGCUGCCUAACUGUUAACUUCCGGUUAAGUUAGUCGUUUGUUUACUUUUUAAAGUUUUGAGCAGAGGUUAAUAAAUCUCGGGAUUUGUUUUAAAACCUGUCUCAGUUUCAUAUGCAUUGCUGCUGCAUUUGUAACAAUAGUUAUGCUGUUUAGGCCUUGGUAAUCAAUGCAGGGGAGCAGUGAGCUGUCCUUAUUCCCCAAAAAUAAGAAACCUGCGCCCACAGGGGAGGAUGAGGGCUGGAUAAUGCCUGCCGCAUUUCGACGAGAAGAGGCUGAGGACGAGCUUCACUCUACGUGAGAAGAAAACUACUACUUUGCAGACUGCACAAAUCAGCGAGGAAAAAGGCCUAACCGUAUCGGCGAAGCCUCGGACUCAAGUUGGAUUUCCUCCCGGUGAAGUGCAUGGCACUUCUGAUGAUGCGGGACAGGAAGUUGCAGCAAUGUCGCCGUCUCUAAGAAGAAACGGCAAGAACAACGCAUGCGCGAAGAAACAAGUAUGCAUGAACAGAUAUUAACAAAACUACAAAUCCCAACUACGUCUGGAAGUGAAACUGUAAGUGAAUCGGAAGUAGAGUCAGACUCUUUGGGAAAUUCAGAGGAAGAAGACGAGGAAAAGAAAGUGGAGAUUAAAGGAGACAUAAAAGAUAUCCUGAUAUAUAUUAUGAAUGAAUUAAAAGCUAUAAGAAGGAUGCAGAAUACACUCGACAAUGUGGUGGAAAAACAAAAUAAGAAAAACAAUAACCUUGCCUGGACAAUAGAAAGAAAACGGAUGUUGGAAAAAAUAGAUGCGCUUGAAAAUUCAAGUAGACGAAAUAAUAUCAAAAUUGUUGGUCUUAUGCAAGGUACAGAGGGAGAAAAUCCAAUAAAAUUCUUUCAAGAAUGGAUUCCAAAAAUUUUGGAAAUGAAAGAAGGAAGCCAAGUAAUUGAAAUUGAAAGAGCACACAGAGCCUUAAGACCAAGACCACAACAAGAUCAAAAUCCAAGAUCAAUUUUGAUUAAAUACUUAAGGUACCAAGAUAAAGAAAUGAUCUUGAAGGCAGCUACUCAAGGUGCUAAAAAGAGAAAUGGGCCAUUGACAAUAGAAGGGAAAAGAGUUUUUUUUUAUCCAGACAUAAGUUACGAUCUUCUGAAGAGGCGGAAAGAAUUUAAUCCAGUGAACUACGAUAUUGUUGGGAUAACGGAGACAUGGCUGCAAGGGGAUCAGGCCUGGGUAUUGAGUGUACCAGGGUAUACGUGCUAUCGUAGAGACAGAAAUAUGGGAAGAGGGGGUGGGGUGGCCCUGUUGGUGAGGAAUGAGAUUCAGUCCUUAGCAAGAGGUGACUUGGGAACAGGGGAAAUAGAGUCUGUGUGGAUUGAGCUGAGGAACAGUAAGGGUAAAAAAACCCUAAUGGGUGUUGUGUACAGGCCCCCAAACAGUAGCGUGGAUAUUGGGUACAAGUUGAUUAGGGUGUUAACAUUGGCAUGUGCUAAAGGUAAUGCAGUCGUUAUGGGAGAUUUCAACAUGCAGGUGAACUGGGAGAAUCAGUUAGGUGCUGGACCCCAGGAUAGGGAGUUUGCAGAGUGUCUAAGGGAUGUAUUUUUGGAACAGCUUGUGCUUGAGCCAACCAGGAACGAGGCUAUUUUGGACUUGGUGAUGUGUAAUGAACAGGAAUUGAUAAGUGAUCUUGAAGUAAAGGAGCCAUUAGGAAGUAGUGAUCAUAACAUGAUAAGUUUUUAUCUACAAUUUGAGAGGGAUAAGGGCAGAUCAGAGGUGUCAGUGUUGCAAUUAAAUAAAGGAGACUACGGAGCCAUGAGGGAAGAGCUGGCCGAAGUUAAAUGGGCGGAUGCCCUGGCAGCAAAGACAGUGGAUCAGCAGUGGCAGAUAUUCUUGGGCAUAAUACAAAAGAUGCAAAAGCAGUUCAUUCCAAUGAGAAGGAAGGAUUCAAAGAGGGGGAAAGGGCCACAGUGGUUGACAAAGGAAGUCAGAGAUUGUAUAGCAUUAAAGAAAAAGAAGUAUGACAGGGCCAAGAUGAGUGGGAAUACAGAUGAUUGGGAAAGUUUUAAGGAACAGCAGAUCUUAACUAAAAAAGCAAUACGGAGAGAAAAAAUCAGGUAUGAGCUCAGUCUAGCCAGGAAUAUAAAAGGGGAUAGCAAAAGCUUUUUUAGCUAUGUGAAGAGAAAGAAGAUAGUUAAGAACAAUGUUGGCCCCUUGAAGAAUGAAUUGGGAGAAAUUGUUAUGGGAAACAGGGAAAUGGCAACAGAAUUUAAUGCGUACUUUAGAUCUGUCUUCACCAGGGAGGACACAAUCAAUCUCCCAGAUGUAUGGGUGGGCCAGGGUCAUAAGAUAUCAGAGGAAUUGAGACAGAUUGACAUUAGGAAAGAAACUGUGAUGAGUAGACUGGUAGGACUGAAGGCUAAUAAAUCCCCGGGUCCAGAUGGUCUGCAUCCGAGGGUUCUAAAAGAGGUGGCUCAGGAAAUUGCGGAUGCAUUGGUAAUCAUUUUCCAAUGUUCCUUAGAUUCAGGAUCAGUUCCUGUAGAUUGGAGAGUGGCUAAUGUUAUCCCACUUUUCAAGAAGGGAGGGAAGGAGAAAACGGAGAACUAUAGCCUAACGUCAGUCGUGGGGAAGAUGCUUGAGUCCAUUAUUAAGGACGAAAUAGUGGCACAUCUUGAUGGCAGAAAUAGGAUUAGGCCGAGCCAGCGUGGUUUUACCAAGGGCAAAUCAUGCUUGACUAAUCUGUUGGAGUUUUUUGAGGGUGUAACAAGGAUGUUAGACGAGGGUAAGCCAGUGGAUGUUGUGUACCUAGAUUUUCAGAAGGCAUUCGAUAAGGUGCCACAUAGGAGAUUGGUGAGUAAAAUCAGAGCUCAUGGCAUUGGGGGCAGGGUUUCAACGGAUAGAAAACUGGUUGGCAGAUAGAAAGCAAAGGGUAGCAGUGAAUGGGUGUUUCUCGGACUGGCUGGAGGUGACUAGUGGGGUACCACGGGGCUCUGUAUUGGGACCACAGCUCUUUACGAUUUAUGUCAACGAUUUAGAUGAGGGCAUUGAAAACUAUAUCAGCAAGUUUGCUGACGAUACUAAACUGGGUGGCAGUGUGACAUGCGAAGAGGACGUUAGGAGAAUACAGGGAGACUUGGAUAGGCUGGGUGAGUGGGCAGAUACUUGGCAGAUGUCAUUCAAUGUGAAUAAAUGUGAAGAUAUCCACUUUGGAAGCAGGAGCAAGAGGGUAGAGUAUUGUCUGAACGGUGUAGAGUUAGGUAAGGGAGAAAUGCAAAGAGACCUAGGAGUCCUAGUUCACCAGUCAAUGAAGGUGAAUGAGCAAGUGCAACAGGCAGUGAAGAGGGCAAAUGGAAUGUUGGCCUUUGUUACAAGGGGAAUUGAG